GUUUGUUCGAGUUUGUGAAGUCUACUACGGCUAUAUUGCGUAGCCAGCGUGGCUUCACCGCGCUUCGAUUUCGCGAGGAAAACCACGCCGCUUCACAACCCACCUACGAAGAUGUUUUAGAUAGACGUCUAAAUAAGCGUAUAAGAAAGCGCGUAAAACCAAUUUAUAACGGUGCACAAGCCACGCCACGUGCGGCGAGGCUAACGAAAGUACUUCCUUGCCUGGAAAGUAGUCAUAGCAGAGCCUUUGGCUUGCUGCUGCUGUUUUUUGUUUCGUUGUUUGGUAUAGAGCUACCGCUUUCCGAGCUGGGCACCAUGGGAAAGGAUGAUCAAGGCGCGGGUGACCCGCUCGACAACGUGCUCUACUGCAGCGGCUUACGUCGGCUCAGCGUGUGGCCGUGGUUCAAAGCAGUUGCCAGCUUGUUGCUGACCGAGCGUCAAGGUUCCGUUUAUGCGGUUCUAUGCUUCCCUGGGCUUUUGUCGGAAUUCGUUCAGCGGGUCGUCGAUCGUUUGCGUGGGUUCGGGCAUACAGUGCCUGAGGUAGCUACUUACAUGCUGGAGCUUGGGACGUACAUACUUGAGCACGGCUUACUGGAUCGAGUACGCCAGAGGAGUGACAGCGAGUAUAUCGUUGCUACGCUGUGCGCUCGGUAUGCUGUUGCUGCUGGUCACCUUCCUCCUAACCCACUCGCUUCGGUGCGAUGGCAGCUCCAGCUGGGGGAUCCAGACGUGGUGCGGCAACAGGACCUCAUGCGGGCAGAUGCUGUUGCUGUUGCGUUGUACCAGACUAUCGCUCGUCUGCAACAGGAGCAAGCACAACAGCGAGGGCAUCUGCCGAGCGCUGGUGUGCAGCGUACAGUCGCAGGAGGAGGUAGCUCGGGGCAGGCGGGUUUGUGCGGUACGGCUGCGGGGGUCGGCGGAGGCUCCAGGCUAGGGGCCUCGGCUGCGGCUGGCUUGGGCCUCGGUCUUUGGGCGCCGCUGCCUGGUUGGGGCUUGGGCCUAGCGGCUCUGGCGGGGACGGUGGGACUCCCGGUGGGCUUCGGCCUAGCGGCUCUGGUGGGGACGGUGGGACUCCCGGUGGACUUCAGCUUGGCGGCUCCGGCGGGGACGGUGGGACUCCCCGCCGCGGCGCAGCCUGGUUGGGGCUUGGGCCUAGCGGCUCCGGCGGGGACGGUGGGACUCCCCGCCGCGGCGCAGCCUGGUUGGGGCUUGGGCCUAGCGGCUCCGGCGGGGACGGUGGGACUCCCGGCGGGCUUCGGCCUGGCGGCUCCGGCCGGCGCGGUGGGAAUCCCGCAGUGGCGCCAGCAGCGGCAGCAGCAGCGCCGGCGGCAGCAGUGGGAGGGCUGGGAUUGGGGCAUGGGCGUUCCACUGCGCUGCAUGUACAGCAGAACGACCUUUUGGGUGCACCAGCAGCGGCAUCGGCUGCAGCCAGGCAGGCGCGCAGACGUGACAAUGCAGCGUGUAGGCUUCAGCGGAGGCAACUGAUGGCAGCAGCUAGGCAAGCUUGCCAGCGUAAGCGUUCUCGACUUGUGGGUGGGUUGUCUCACGAUGAUUACCUCGAGUCCCUUUCAGGCUGCCUCUGCUUGCCGCUUUUCCGUCACGACAAUCCAGCUGUACCUGAGCUGCCGACGUUCUUAGAGACACAAACGUCUGCUUGGCCAGCUCGGGUGCAGGACUUGCCAGCAGGUGAACAGCCUCCCCAGAUACCGUUUUCGGAGCAGAUAACUUUGGCUUGUGGCCUCGCCGAGUUCGUUCGCGACAACAUGCCAUCACGGGUGUGUGCAGUCUGCAGUGAGUGCAAGUCCGCUUCAGAGGUCCGGGCGCUGCAGUUCAGCGAGAUAGCUGGCGUUGAGCUGCUACGUGCUGACAUGCGGCGGACUGCGGCUGUGCCUCGUUGCGCGCACGUUCUGUAUUGGCGGCGUGUCGAUCGGCGUGAUUGCAAAAACCCGCCGGAUCCCGUACUGCCACGCGGCUACAAGGCCGCUGGUGGUCAGUCGGGCAACGUCGGCGUAGUUGACACAUCCGCUGGCGAGGGCAGCGGCGAGACCAGCAGCGGCCUUGACGACUCUACCGAUGAUCGGCCGUCACGCCGACGACGCUGCGACAUAGACCGUCCUCCAACGUAUGCGCCACGGGUAGGGGUACGGCUGUGUGACGAUAAUCCCGUGGCGGUGGAGGUGCCGUACUGCAUGCGCGCGGAGACGGUUCUGCCCAACCGAACGAUGAACGUUUCAGCGGACGGCGUGGAGCGCUUUACGGUCUGCUCGGAAUGCAUACAGGCCUUACAGGGUGGGCGGAUCCCAGAUGGGGCGCUGGCUGGAUGGUUGGAUCCCGGCGACGUACCCCCUGUAAAUCAGCAUGGUCAUUCGCUCGUACCGCUGACGCAUCUGGAGAGCUUGGUGGUGGGCCUCGCUCGCCCUCACAUGCGGCUGCUCGUUGUGCGGCAGCCGGGUACACCCAGCUGGCGCGCGGUGGAUACCUUGCCAGCGGCGUUGCGUGGGCAUACGCUCGCCUUUCCAAACAACGUGCCCAGCGAGCUCCAGCGUGUUGUGCCAUACGCUCCAGCGGAUCUGCCGUCCUUCAUUCAGGUCGUGCUAAUUGAUGCUGUCAAAGAUCGUGCCGACCUCGAGGCCAAAGUGCGGCAGGCCCAGCCAUGCGGGGCCUGGCUAUCGCUGCAUGGGCGGAGUGGGCCGUUCGCGUGAAUCCAAUGGCUCAGGUGGACCACGCUGCACUUCAGCAGUAUCGCGCUCUGGGUGCGGAGCCGACGGUGCCAGAGCCGUUAGUGGCGCACGCGGUGGCUACAGAUGACCCAGACACGGCAGCGGUCAUGCGCGCUGCAUUUGAAGGGGAUCGUGCCGGCAACGCUCGGGUGCGGCAGCAGCAGGAUGAUGUGGAAGCGGCGACGGAGGGCGCGAAUGCAGCAGGUGGUCGAUCGCCUGGUCCGGGUGCUGGUCAGGAGCCAGCGCCGUCUGGUCGUACGCCAAAUAUCCCGGUGACAGGCGUCUUCGCUCGGCCGUCGCCCAUGGCGGCCGCACUAGCCGUGCCGGGCGGUACAGCUGGUGUCGUUGUGUCGCCUGCAGCCGCACUGCAGCCAGACGGAUACAUCGGACCUGGAGUACACAUGCUGGGGCUGGAUGACGUCGAGGUGCACCAUGGGGGCGCAUACUCUACUUCCGACCCUUUAGAUGAUAGUACGGACCCGUCAGCUAUCUUGCAGCGCCUUCAGCAAGGUGGCGUGGUGGUUAGUGCAGCCGGUGGGCGUGGGGCGAGCAACAGCGCCUCAUCGCCAACUCUACGCAUAUCGCAACUGCCUUCGCCGCUCUCCGUCACUACGUUCUCCGCGCACCUGCAAACACACCCGCACCCCAACAAUUCGCCAACAACCGCAACGUGGUCAACCCCCGCGACGUGAAAGGCCGCCUCGGCUGCCUGACCAAUGGCCUCAUCCCCACGCUGCUGCGAGCGUUCCCUGCCACCCUCGCGCUUGCAGGAAGCGCCGCGCUCUACGCAGUCCUCCAGAUCCCCCUGGAAGCCAUCACCCCCAACCUCGUACACGACUAGGACAUCUACGUCAUUGCUCCCACCGCAGCCGCUGGCUUCACGAUCCUUCGCAACGCCAUCCACCUCCUCACCAUGCUGCAAGACGUCCAUAUCCUGCGCAUCAUCGACACCGAGCGCGCCACGACCGUCGUGUGCGACGUCACCAUUGGCAACCGCACCACCCACCAACGCGUUCAAUUCAACAAGCGCGUCGCCCAACACAAGCAUGCCAUCGUCACAGCCUAUGACCUCUCCGUAGUCAUGCUUGCCGUCCUCCUCGACGACCCGGCAGACCCGGACCUCAACACGUACUGCCACGCCCUCUGGUUCUACUCGCUAAUUGUCGGCGCCGCCAUUUCCAUCCCCAGCCAAUUCUCCCUCCGCCGGGCGUCUAAGUACCACGCCCGCGGCUUUCCCCUAUGGAUCACCCGCUACCACCCGGUGGUAUACCUCUCCAACGGCCGCAUCCAGUGCCCGCCUACCGAGCUCGCAUCGGCGGGCGGCAACCUCUUCGUCAUCGCCUACGACGACUUCGCCGCCUUCAUGCGGUGCACGGGCGCGCAGCUCCGCUCCCUGGUCAGCCGCGCCACCAGCAUGGCGUCCACUGAAUGGCGUGACCCCGGCAGCACACUCUCCGCCACCGAAUGGAGCCGCCUGCGCCCGCACCUGCACCGCGCCCAGCUGGACGACGAUGCCCACGUGCUCCACACCAAGUGGAACCCCGCCGCCAUCCCGUGGAUGGGCGAGCGCCGCAACGCCCACUGAGGGGCCGACGUUUUGCUUUGCGGCGUAACGGUACACUUGCGCAGCACUGGGUUUGGUUGGUGUCCGUUUUGCUAAGGGUUACACGGCUGGUUAUAUGGCACUAACUAGACUGUUUGACACCAUGCCGAGCUGUUCAGUUGUUGUUGAAAGGGGCCGACGUCUUGCUUUGCGGCGUAACGGUAACGUCCACUAGAUAACGACCUGCUGUACUUUUAGCAUGAUAGAUCCGACGGCUGGUUGCGCAGCACUGGGUUUGGUUGGUGUCCGUUUUGCUAGGGGUUACACGGCUGGUCACAUGGCACUAACUAAACUGUUUGGCACCAUGCCGAACUGUUCAGUUGUUGUUGAAAGGGGCCGACGUUUUGCUUUGCGGCGUAACGGUAACGUCCACUAGAUAACGACCUGCUGUACUUUUAGCAUGAUAGAUCCGACGGCUGGUUGCACGGCACUGGGUUUGGUUGGUGUCCGUUUUGCUAGGGGUUACACUGCUGGUCACAUGCCACUAACUAGACUGUUUGGCACCAUACCAAGCUGUUCAGUUGUUGUUGACUUGUUGCCAGUUGCCAAAAGACUGGCGACAAUUGAACCAGGUUGUACGCUUGGCAGAGAAUACCUGCCGGCCGAUUGUACGGAGAUUGACUCCUUGUAGCAGCAACAUACCGCCCAUACAUUUGUCGCCUCCUCCCGUUCCACACCACAUACCCAACCUAACUUUCAGCUUACAUAACUCGCUUCCCUUGCCGAGCUACGG